GUCUUAGGCUGAAAUCUCCGUGACUGAAAUCUCUCUCUCUCUCUCUCUAGAUUAUCUCCUCGCCAUUUUGUUGGCUCUCUUUCUCUCUCUCAUAUUCGCUCGCUAGCUCCACCAUUGGCUUAUCCUCCUCCUCCUCCCUCAUUUUUCUGAAUUCCACAAUUUUUUACCUGACACAAUCGCAACUCUGAAUGCGAAUCAUCGUUUGAUUCCCUUCACUCGCUGUAAUUUUACUCUCCUUCUCUCUCUCCGGCCGAAUAUGUUUAUGUAUCUGCUGCAUCUUUGUGUUUGCAGACGAACGAGUUUUUGUACCGGUUGGCUUGAUUUUUCUUAAGCGCGCGCCUUCAAUAUAAUUUAUUCUUCUCUACUGUGUACCGAUGCUUUUGAAUAGACAUGGCUUCUGCUACUUCAAUGUCAGUUUCUAUGGAAUGUGUGAAUAUAUGUAAGUCUUGGAAUGGAGAUGUGAGUGGCAGACUCGACUGUAGUGUGUUAUCUUGUGCCUGGAAGGCGCCAAGGGCCUUGACUGGGUUCCUUGCCAGCACAGCUCAGCCUUCUCAGUGUUCCUCUACUCCUUUUGGGCGAUAUGGAAGAAGAGAUCGUCUCCGCCAAUGUAGAUGUUAUACUUCUGAUAUGGAUGAACGCUACCCUGUUGAAGUUCUGCGAGGAGUCCCUGGAUCAAUGCUUCUUCUAUCUGCUUCUAGCAAAUGGAAAUUGUGUUGCUCUUUAUCAUUUUCUUCAGACUCAUAUGUAGAGAUAUCUCCUGAAAGUUUGUGGGAGGGUCUUAAACCUACUAUUUCAUAUCUUUCCUGCAAGGAAUUGGAAUUGGUUCGUAAGUCUUUGAAUCUUGCUUUUGAGGCUCAUGAUGGUCAAAAACGCCGUAGUGGAGAGCCCUUUAUUAUCCACCCAGUUGCAGUUGCACAGAUCCUUGGACAGCUUGAAUUGGAUUGGGAGUCAGUUGCUGCUGGGUUAUUGCAUGAUACUGUAGAAGACACAGAUGUAGUUACUUUUGAAAGAAUAGAGAAGGAAUUUGGUGCAACAGUUCGCCGUAUUGUUGAAGGGGAGACUAAGGUAUCCAAGCUGGGAAAGAUCAAGUGCAAGGAUGAAAGCCAUGUACAGGAUGUCAAAGCUGAUGACCUUCGGCAGAUGUUUCUUUCCAUGACAGAGGAGGUCCGUGUUAUAAUUGUCAAAUUAGCUGAUAGAUUACAUAACAUGCGCACUCUUUCACAUAUGCCUCCACACAAGCAGUCUGGAAUCGCAACAGAGACGCUGCAGGUUUUUGCUCCUUUGGCGAAACUUCUCGGAAUAUACCAAAUCAAGUCAGAGCUUGAAAACUUAGCAUUUAUGUAUACAAAUGCUGAAGACUAUGCCAGGGUGCAGCGUAGAAUUGCAGAACUUUAUAAAGAACAUGAAAAGGAACUUGAAGAGGCAAAAAGAAUAUUGAUGAAGAAAAUAGAGGAAGACCAGUUCCUAGAACUUGUGACGGUGAAGACGGAAAUUCAAUCAAUAUGCAAGGAACCUUACAGCAUCUACAAAGCAGUACUCAAAUCCAAGAGUUUAAUAAAUGAAGUAAACCAAAUUGCACAGCUUCGAAUUAUUAUAAAACCAAAGCCUUGUGUCGGAGUUAGGCCCCUUUGCAGUGCACAGCAGAUAUGCUAUCAUCUGCUUGGACUAGUACAUGGAAUUUGGACACCUAUCCCUCGUGCUAUGAAAGACUACAUUGCCACCCCAAAGCCUAAUGGCUAUCAAAGUCUUCAUACAACAGUGAUUCCAUUUCUUUAUGAGAGCAUGUUUCGUUUGGAGGUUCAGAUAAGAACUGAAGAGAUGGACCUCAUAGCUGAGAGAGGCAUUGCUGCUCAUUACAGUGGGAAAGGUUUUGUCAAUGGUUUAAUUGGGCAUGUUAUAACCAAUGAUAGAAGUUCAGGAGGGAAAAUAGUCUGCCUUAACAAUGCGAAUAUUGCUCUCAGGAUUGGCUGGCUGAAUGCAAUUAGGGAGUGGCAAGAAGAGUUCGUUGGAAACAUGAGUUCUAGGGAAUUUGUGGACACUAUUACCAGAGAUCUGUUGGGCAGUCGUGUCUUUGUGUUUACACCUGGCGGAGAAAUAAAACAUCUCCCAAAGGGGGCUACUGUCAUUGAUUACGCGUAUAUGAUACACACUGAAAUUGGCAAUAAAAUGGUGGCUGCUAAGGUGAAUGGUAAUCUUGUCAGACCAAUGCAUGUACUUGCAAAUGCAGAAGUUGUAGAGAUUAUCACCUACAAUGGUCUCUCCAGCAAGUCUGCUUUCGAGAGACAUAAACAGUGGCUUCAACAUGCAAAAACUCGUAGCGCCCGGCACAAGAUUAUGAAAUUUUUGAGAGAGCAAGCUGCACUAUCAGCUUCUGAAAUAACAGUGGAUUCAGUUAAGGAAUUUGCUGCUGAGUCUGAAGGCGACAUCACAGUGGAAGAAUUACCAGAUUACUCUAAGGGAACUAAUCAUUCGUGGGAGAAAAUCCUCAAGAAUGUUAUGGAGGUAUCAAGGAUGAGCAGUGAAGAUAUUUUCCAACUCCGGAGCGCUAGUAUUCAAAUUCCCAAGGUAAACGGGAAACAUAAUAAGUGCAUGCAGCAUAUGAGUUUGAAGGCCACAGGGGAGACAUUGUCACAAGGAAAUGGUGUUGGCAAAAUGAUACUUGCUAACAUACCAAGGUACAGGGAAGUUCUGCCCGGAUUGGACGGCUGGCUGGCUAGCAAAGUUGUAACUUGGCAGAACCUGGAAGGGCACUCUGUCCAGUGGUUUUGUGUUGUCAGCAUAGAUCGAAAAGGCAUGAUGGCGGAUAUUACUUCAGCAUUGGCAGCUGUAGGCGUCAGCAUUUGUUCUUGUGUGGCUGAGACGGAUAGAGGGAAGGGGAUUGGUGUCACACUGUUUCGCAUUGAAGCCAACGUAGAGAGCUUGGUUGGUGCAUGUUCGAGGAUUGACAUGAUCCUAGGUGUUUUGGGAUGGUCCACGGGCUGCAGUUGGUCAGAGAACAAACAGUUUCUAGAAUGCUAAUUUAGUGGCCUGGUUGAGUACUUGCCCAGCUGUUUCAAGCUUGGGGAAGAAAGUUUUGUCCAGUAAAACCUGAGUUCCUUUUCUCAUUUCUGGGUGAUUUUCUUCUAGUUGUCAAUUUUUUUUCUCCUCCCACCCUCUUGACAAGUAUAGAAGCAAACAAUAUUAGGUAAUACGGUGUCAGGCGACCUGUAUAUAAAGGAAGAGUAGCGACCAGUUAUACUUGUAAAGGAAUUUUCAAUUAUACAAACUCCAACAAAAGUAUGUUAAGAUAUUCUAUACAAAAUAUAUUAAAUAUCUUCCA